AUGUGCAUCAAGGACUCGGACUGCUGUGACGAGUAUCACGUGUGCCGGCCGGCGGACGGCUUCAUCUACGACCGAUGCCUCUACCCGAGCGCGGCCAGCCCGACUGCGGCCCCUUCGGAUGGAAGCUGCUUGAUCGACCAGCUCGCAUGUGGGGGCAAAGGUUUUGGAUGUAUCGAGUCCAAAUGGGUCUGCGACGGUGAGAAAGAUUGUGAUAACGGUUGGGACGAGAACAACUGCACUGCUGGCUGUACCGGCCCCAACAAGUUCAGCUGUGACGACGGUGUCUGUAUUCCUGUCGACUACGUGUGUGACCUGUUGAAUGACUGCGCAGAUUUCUCCGACGAGAAAAACUGUACUGAUCUGAGCAUCGGUAAAGAUGGCCAUUUCUUGUGCAGAGACCACAGUGAGAACAUCCCCGCGGAAUGGAGGUGUGACCACUUGGAGAAUUGCCCGGACGGGUCGGAUGAGAUUGGCUGUAGUAAUGGUAACGGUACAUGUCCCACGACAGACGACUUCCUGUGCGCCAAUUCAGUGUGUGUCUCCUCCCUCUUCUACUGUGACGGGAUCGACGACUGCGAAGAUGAGAGCGACGAGCGAGACUGCACCUGCACCAAAGGAGAGUUCCCCUGCAGGUCAGGCGGUUGUAUCCCCGGAAAAUAUCGCUGUGACGGCUCCUUUGACUGCAGAGAUAACUCUGACGAGCAAAACUGCCCGGAUAUCCACCCGGGGGCGUGCGGUGAUAAGUUGACACUGGCCGACUGUGCUCACAUGAACGAAACCAUGUACCCCAUCUGUCUGGAGGAGGCCGAUGGCUACAAGUAUUGUAGAGAGUUUUGUGGUCUCUGCGACCAGAGCUAG